UUCCUCACUAGCUGUCCUGGAGUGUUGGACAAGGUCCUUGCCCGGGCUCUAAUACAGAAACCUUUGUUCUUGCAUUGGAAAGUUGGCUCCGUGGUGGUCUUGUUGGGGAUCUCGCGACGCGGGGAAUAACAACCCUCUCCAGAGAUCCCAGCCCCUUGGGAUCCCCAGAGGCCUGCAGAGAGGACAGGAGCCUGCAGGAAGGGGAGUGGUAAGACCCAGCAGCACACGUGCAAGCAGCAGGAAACGGGAUCCCAAACCCAAAGCCACAGCUGCCUGCGAGACGGAAAACCAGCGCGACGGGGGAGGAGUGCUCGGCCCUUUGAUCCCGCCCUAGAGGCGGAGCUGAGAUCUGAACCCGCAAAAACGUAGUCUCGGCGGUAGCCCAGCCUGGACCUCCGUGUCCCGACCUUGGGAUUCCGGGAGACCGGCUGCCGUUGCUGUCCUUCGACCAGCCAGCCCCGCAGAGGCUCAGGUGCAGCCGCCCCGUACCGGGCCUGGCUCACUGGGCUGCGGCAGUCAUGGCGCGAGAAGACUCCCCUCGGGACAGCUACCACCUGGUCGGGAUCAGCUUCUUCAUCCUGGGACUGGGCACCCUCCUCCCCUGGAACUUCUUCAUCACCGCUAUCCCGUACUUCCAGGGGCGAUUGGCAGGGGCCAAUAGCACAGCUGAGGCUCUGAGCACCAACCACACUGGCCCCACAGACUCUUACAACUUCAACAACUGGGUGACACUGCUGUCCCAGUUGCCUCUGCUGCUCUUCACGCUCCUCAACUCCUUCCUGUAUCAGUGCAUCCCUGAGGCGGUGCGUAUUCUGGGCAGCCUGCUGGCCAUACUGCUGCUCUUUGUCCUGACAGCAGCAUUGGUGAAGGUGGACUUGAGCCCUGGGCUGUUCUUCUCCAUCACCAUGGCAUCCGUCUGGUUCAUCAAUUCUUUCUGUGCAGUGCUCCAAGGCAGCCUUUUCGGGCAACUGGGUACCAUGCCUUCCACCUACAGCACCCUCUUCCUCAGCGGCCAGGGCCUGGCUGGGAUCUUCGCUGCCCUUGCUAUGCUCAUGUCCAUGGCCAGUGGCGUGGAUGCCCGGACCUCUGCCCUUGGGUAUUUCAUCACACCCUGUGUGGGCAUCCUGCUCUCCAUCGUGUGCUACCUUAGCCUGCCCCAUCUGGAGUUUGCCCGCUACUACCUGACCAAGAAGCUGUCCCAGGCCCCAGCUCAGGAGCUAGAGACCAAAGCUGAGCUCCUUCAAGCUGAUGAGAAGAAUGGGAUUCCCAUCAGCCCCCAGAAGGCAGGCCCAGCUCUGGAUCUUGACCUUGAGAAGGAGCCGGAGUCGGAGCUGGAACUAGAGGCGCCACAGAAACUGGGGAAACCUUCAGUCUUUGUUGUCUUCCGGAAGAUCUGGCUGACGGCGCUGUGCCUUGUGUUGGUCUUCACAGUCACCCUGUCCGUCUUUCCUGCCAUCACAGCCAUGGUGACCAGCUCCACCAGCCCUGGAAAGUGGAGUCAGUUCUUCAACCCCAUCUGCUGUUUCCUACUCUUCAACGUUAUGGAUUGGCUGGGCCGGAGCCUGACUUCCUACUUCCUGUGGAUGAGGACAGCCGGCUGCUGCCCCUGCUGGUGUGCCUGCGCUUCCUGUUUGUGCCCCUCUUCAUGCUCUGCCAUGUGCCCACGCGUGCCCGGCUGCCCACCAUCUUCUGGCAGGACGCCUACUUCAUCACAUUUAUGCUGCUCUUCGCCGUUUCCAAUGGCUACUUGGUGUCUCUCACCAUGUGCCUGGCACCCAGGCAGGUGCUGCCACACGAGAGGGAAGUGGCCGGAGCCCUCAUGACCUUCUUCCUGGCCCUGGGACUGUCCUGCGGAGCCUCUCUCUCCUUCCUCUUUAAGGCUUUGCUCUGAGAGCCCUGAGUGCUCCCCGCAGCCCUCCUCAUCAGUGCCCCCACAGCCCUCCUCUCUCUCAGCACAGCUUCUGGAGCUGGGACUUUCCCAGGGGACAACCUCGGCUACACUAUGCCUCUUGGUCUGUGGGUGCCAGGAGGGGGCAGAGACGACCUUGGCUGGGUGCCAUAUUGCAUGUGGUGAGGAAGAAUCCACCAGCAGUCGUUCUGUCCCUCACCCAGGGAAGGAUGGACCUCACUGAGAUGCACAAAGGAACGUACUGGAAGGCAAUACUCAGGAGAAAGAGGGCGCAGGGCCAGGCCUUCCCUGCCACCAGGGCUGCAUUUGUUCAUCCCACCGUCCACUGACCCCAGGGAGCAAAGCCACCACAGGCCUUGCUGAGGACACCCUGAUGGUCUCUACCUCAGCUCAGAGUGGGAACUGGGGCCAGCUCCAGAACACUUCCACCCUCUCGCCCCCAAGGCCCAUGGAUAGGGCAUGAGGUGCCACGGAAGUUGAGGGGAAGAGAAAGUUCAAGGGACCAACCUCUGAGCCUCCAACAGUGUUUUUUCAUAGUCAGUACUCCCUAGCAUCCUGACAGGCCUGUCUAACACAAAGGCAGCUAGCUUGCAUGUGUUGUGCACUGCACUUUACAGUUUGCAAAGUUGUUCCACAACCACUCUCUCACAGAAACCUCGGUGAGGCCUGUAGAACAAGCUGGGUGGGGACUGUGCCUCCCUGAGAUGUCCCUUGACUGGUCCAUGGAGAGUGAGGCUACAGCCUCCUCCUUGCAGGUGCUGACCUUCCAGCUCACCACUUGCUUCUCUUUCUCAAAGGUCUCCAGGCAGGUGCCCUGGGCACUUGCUACCAUCUUUUCACCCCGUUUCUCCUGUGACCCUGUUCCCGAGACCAGUAAAAACUGU